UGUUGGAUCAACAUCAUAAAGUCUUCAUCUGUACACAGCCAUUAAUCUAAUACAUUGUGCUGAGAGACUGCUGUUUCUUUAUGCACGAACAGGCGACGUAAGAGACAAAGUCUAUGCUAAGAUUCUCCCGCAAGAGGCUAAAGUCCUACCCCGAGUCUUGGAUUUCUCGCUGCUCUUUUUGGUGCUCACCACGUUACUUCCUCGUCAUCGCGAUGUCCAAAGCUACACGAUCCAUUUGUAGCAAUAGAAAAUGUUUCCUUGAAAUCUCAAUCCGCCAGCGAGCACAUCAUCACGUCGUCGCUGCCGCAGAGGCGAGGUGGGAACUUGCGGCCUACCUCACCUUGCAAAGAGUCAAAAUCUACCCCACCUUGAGGCCAUUACUGCUGUCCUCCCCUUGCGCAGAUCUAUCUCUGAGAACCCUGUUGUGGUCUCAGAAAGAGACACAGAGAGAUCCCCUGCGGGGAAGACGGCCGUGACGACGAACAGAGCAAGAUGCGGUUCACCAAACCCAGGAUCUCUCCUUUUCCUUUCUUCUACGGCCUCCGCCGUAGCAGUGCGUAGCUCCUUUUGGCUUCGGUUCUACGAGUAGGAGCAGCUCACGAGAUUGGAAGCGGGUGGAAGAAGUCAUAUGCUGUGUAUGUAUCUUUCCCGAGGAGAUAACGCCAGAAAGAAGAGAGAGAGAGAGAGGGGAGGAGAUCGUACGAAGAGUUAGUCCGGUAGCUAGGCUGCCUAAAGCUAGGACAUUGUUGUAAGCAUUGAGCUCGAUUUUAUUACUUGCUGUCUCUGAUUUCUGUCAUUUUAUGAAGCUUUUGCCUGCUAAGAAGAGGGGAAAGAUCCGAUUUUUUCCGGUCUUUGAGGUGUGUUUCAUACUGCCCUUGCACUGCGUCAUGUUUUCUAGCGGAACAGAGUGUUGUUUUUGUAGCCGGGCGUCGUCAAUGAUAAAGGCUACUGUGAGAAAGGAUGACAGAGGUAAGAGAGAGAGAAAGAACGAGAAAAGAAUACCUUAACAAGCUUGAGGAGGAGGAGGAGGAGGGGGGUUCAUCUUCUCUCUCUCCGUGUCCUGUCUUUUCUGCUGAUGAUUUAUCCGAGUAAGUGGAGAAUAUUGGGGGACACGAGAAGCUCACAGUGUGACACGGCUUUUACUGUUCUAAGUGGAACAGUCACGCAUUUUUGCCUGCCAUCUUUCUUCAAUUAUUUUGAUUCUUGCGCUGAGCUGAUGACUCCCUUCCUUCUCCCGCUUCUAUAUCCUCUUUAAAUACCUCUGUUAUCCUCUCACACUUUUUAGCUGUUCACCACCUCGAUGCUUCUCAUCUUUUGAUUCACUGCUUCCCCUCCCGUCCCUGUAGGAGACCCCCGCCAAUGGGCCGGGCAACGAGGUGGCUGAGGAGCCUCCUGGGAAGGAAGAAGGACGCCAAGGUUCAAAAGGAGGAUGCCGGUUCCGAUGGCUACCCAACGAGAGACAAGAAGAGGUGGAGCUUCGCGGAGCCACGGCAGCCUUCUGACGGGAGCGUGGCUCGUAGUCCGGCGUCGGCACUGGAGACGGCGUGGUUGAGGUCCUUCUACGACGACGGCGAGGUGGAUGGCAAGCGUGCCAUGGCCGUGGCGGUAGCCACCGCGGCCGCAGCCAAUGCGGCGGUGACGGCAGCUCAGGUCGCGAUGGUGCGGCUGAAGAGUCUAGGGAGAGGAAGAACGACCACACAUGGCAGGCACGAGUGGCGGGCGGCUGUUAAGAUUCAGACGGCCUUCAGGUGCUACUUGGCGAAGAAAGCUCUUCGAGCUCUCAAAGCUCUGGUCAAGCUGCAGGCUCUUGUCAGAGGUCAACUUGUGAGGAAGCAAGCAGCCGCAACCCUCCGCGGAUUGCAAGCUCUGAUGCGAGCCCAGUCGGUCGCCAGGCCGGGAGAACCUCGUGUUCUGCCCCAGCAAGGCCGACGAUUCAACGCAGAGUUCUGCCGUCGGAGAUCCUUCGAAAGGCUUAAUGCCAGGGACGCCAGUUGCAAGCAUAAGGGAUCAAAACAGAGCGAUGGGUUCGACAGGAGUCCGAAGACCAAAUCCAGGUCAUUCCGGAGAACAUCCCCUUCCAACAUCAAUGCGCUUGAAGAACCAGCGGUGCCGAUCUCCUCUCCGCUUCUAUACCAGGUUCCGCGACGCCUCUCCAUCCCCACCUGCCGGAGCUCCGAAGACUACCAUGUCUGCCGAAACCCCGACAAGUCGCCCUACUCCAUGACAACACAAAGUACUCCUCGCUUCACCCCGGGAACUCCGAGCCCCUCCGACCUCCCAAACUAUAUGGCAAGCACGACGUCGUUCGUGGCGAAGGCGAGGGCGCAGAGCGCACCGAAGCAGAGGCCGGAGAAGACCAGCCCGAGGAAGAAGGCGUCGGCAAUUGAGGUGGCGGCCGGUGCAGGUGGAAGGUGGGCUGUGGGGAGGCUGGAGAGGUCUCCUAAGGUGGUGGCGAGGGAUUACUUCUCGGGUAGUCUGUGGUGAAGAGGCAGAGUUAGCUGCUUAGAGUUAUGAGUGAUGUGCAGUUAUCCUACUCUGGUUUGAAUGAAUGCGUUGCACUCUUCAACCUUUUACUCUUUGGUGAACUUAUUAUAAUGCAUUCCGCGUUUCAAGUGAUUA